AUGUCUAUUGACGUUGCCAAUAUUGCCAAGCUUUCUGAUGGUGGUUCGUCUGAACCUCAAAUCCAAGGCAGACUGGAUGUGUGUAGGAAGUGGGGUAUUCCAGAGGGAUCAAAAGUACUCGAAAUUGGAUGCGGGCAAGGAGAUUGUACCCUUGUGAUAGCCUAUGUGGUUGGAGACCAGGGUCAUGUCACAGCAAUCGAUCCAGCGCCCUUGGACUACGGCGCGCCAAUGACUUUAGGAGAGGCACAAGAUAGACUCAAGCAAUGUCAUAUUGGGGAUAGAAUCACCUUCCAUCAAUCGAACCUCGAAGCGUUCCUAGCAUCCAGUGCCUCCGAGUCACUUUAUGACUAUGCAGUGUUUGCGCACUCCAUUUGGUAUUUACCAUCUGCAGGGGUGCUUCAAGAAAUGCUAGCAGCUCUUCAGGGAAGAACAAAGCAUCUUCUCAUCGCAGAAUACUCCCUUAAUAUCCGUGGAGACAUGGCUGCAUUGCCGCAUAUGCUAGCUGCUAUCUCACAAGCUGAGUUCAACUCGAGGGAUGAUGCUCUAGACCGGAAUGACAACAUCCAGACCAUUAUGUCCCCACAGACUAUCACUCAGCUCGCUAGUCAGACAGGCUGGACACUGCAAAAUGAAGAGAUCGUUGAUUCCCCAGAAAAGAAAGAAGAUGGGAAAUGGGAGGUCAGUCGUGUCUUAUCAAAAGCAUAUCGGGCCCGGUCGGGAUCCUCUGGUGACGCUGCACGUCAAGCCUUCGCGAAUGAUUUGAUCUUUGCUGUUGAAGAGAGUAUGCGUGCACUUGAACCGAGUCAAGUUCCGAGAACAUUACCCACAUGGAUCGGUUCAUGGGUGUGA